AUGAUGCCUCGCGGCGGCUUUCAUCCAGUAGAACUCCGUGUCCAAGUUCUUACUUUAUCAGCUAUCGGAUUUAGUACAGAGAAGAUCUCAAAAUCUUUGAAUCUCUCUCCUCGUACGGUCCAGAGCAUCGUAAAGAAAGGCAGAGAUCGUGGCUACCGGCCGGAAAAUACUGUUAUUACUUCAGUAACUGCAGAUCAAGCAGGGCGCGAGAAAUUAUCAGAAAUUCUUGCUUAUGAAGCUGGUAUCUCCCAUUCUUCUGUUCUUUGUAUCCUUUAUUCUCAUGGCUUUGUUAUUGCAAAACCUUCCUGGAAGCCUGGUCUGACUGAAGCUGCUUGUCUUAGGCGUCUUGAAUUCUGCCUUGCCCACCAACAUUGGACAUUAGAAGACUGGAAACGCGUGAUCUUUACCGACGAGACUGGUGUUAUUCUUGGCCACCGCCGCGGAGCAAUACGAGUGUGGAGGACUGUGAAAGAUUCACAUACAAGGAAUUGUGUACGGAGGCGCUGGAAGGCCUGCUCUGACUUCAUGGUAUGGGGUUGCUUCUCAUAUAAUAAGAAGGGCCCUUUACAUAUCUACAAGCCGGAGACUGCUGCCAUGUGGAAGCAGGCAGAUAUAGAGAUUGAAGCCAUGAAUUGUGAGCUGGAACCUCUAUGCCGGGAGGAAUGGGAGUUGGCUACAGGUCUUUCUCGUGUUCAUUUACGCCCAAAUCGCGGCCGUGUUCCUAAAUGGAAUUGGAACGAGAAGAAUGUCCUUAAACCUCUUCUUAUUCCAUUUGCAAAAGAAUGCAUGAUUGAGCGCCCAAAUACUAUUGUUUUAGAGGAUAGCGUGCCUGCCCACUGUCACCGAAUCCAGCAGCAUGUCUAUAAAGCAGAAGACGUGCAAAAGAUCCUUGACUGGCCUGGCAAUUCACCGGAUCUCAACGCAAUUGAGCCGUGCUGGGCUUGGAUGAAGAAGCGUACAACAUCCCGCGGUGCGCCCCGCGAUAAGAAGACAGGAGAAGCAGAAUGGAGGCAGGCUUGGGCGGAUCUCCCACAGGAGACUAUACAACACUGGAUUGAGCGUCUAAUUCGUCAUAUUCAGAUUGUUAUCGAGCUAGAAGGGGGUAAUGAAUACAAGGAGGGCCGUGAGGAUUGCGAUACGCGUAGUUGGGCAGGCAGGCGGAUUAAAGGGUGA